CAACCUCUACUAUCAGUGCAUCCUUUCAGAGCAUGAAAGAUGCUACCACCGGUGCAGGUACAGCAGUCGAAGACCGCGAUGUGCAGGCAGCUAGGUGUGCCCUGUGCGAAGGCGAAAAUAUGCUGCACAUCCACGAAAGCGAAGCUCGGUUGAGCGUAGGUUGCCUCCAAUGACUGCGACGGGCCUGAGGUUCAGCGUUAGGAAUAGCCGUCAUCUCGCGGUCUCUGCGCGCGUAGGCGAGUGCCAGCCCGAACACCUCAGACGUUGCCGAUCAUGCCGGACGCCACCAGGCUUACACCACCACCCUGAUACGGCAAGUGUUGUUCGACGAAAGGCGACGGUAGAAUCUGCUUCCUUCACGUCUACGCCCAGGCGGCAGAACAACCAAAGUCCUACACUCUGUUUCGCUCCUACAAGAUCGACAGCAUGAUGCCUCGCCCCGAACGUCUCAAGCGUAUCUCAAUGCAGCAUCUUGCACCAUUAUCGCGUCUCCGCAAUGUGGGCCAGCACGGCAGCAGCCCGGAUGCUGCUCAUAUUGAGCCUUCGUACAGAACACAGGGCGAUCAGCUAGACGGCAUGAUAUUUGCCUUGUAAGCAUAGCGAGGGAUGGGCGUAAGAGGAUGACAUACGGUCUCUAGUCUGAUGAGCGUGUCCGCCGGACGGGACACCGCAUGUUGCGCAACCAGAUGCACGAGGUUCGUUUGGCAUUCUUCGGUUGGAGAGGCGCUCGUUCGAGCGACACAGAGGUAGUCCUGGAGUAGAUCAGAGUAUAAGCAGGAGACAGCCGGAGUCGUCGAAGGAAGCGGGACUUACGGCGGGGCUGUAGUCUCGUCAAAUGCCGGCACCAACAGCGAUAGACAUUACCGGUACGGAUAAUGUCAUGAAGAGCACGUGAACCUGCGAAAAUAAGCUUGCGACUAGAACACCCACACUUGUCAGUGUCAUAACAUCGAUACCUAAAGAUGAGUGUGCAUAUACCCACAUAUGGCGGCUUGGAAGUCCGUUGCGCGUUCGACGAACGAGGGCGCGAUGCAGACAGCGCACGCAAGACCUGCUUGCCUGCGUACUUUUACCCUGCAGUGGCCCUGCAUAGCUGGCCAGCUCCUCCAGGCUAUGCGUCUGGCCGUCCUCGAGCGUGAUUUAGGUCUGCGCGUGAAAGCGUUGUGAGGCCAGAGUGCAGUCGUGCUUCGUGUUUGGGUAUGGGGCUUAGAAGGCGCGAGCUGGAGAUAAGGUAGUACCAUACCGGUAGCCAUGCAUUGAGA